AUGGAAGAAGUACAACACUUAAAAAUUCGGCUUGAAAUUAUAAAGUUGGCCACCAACAAUUUCAGUGAUGAAACUUGCAUCGGAAAAGGUGGUUUCGGGAAGGUGUACUUAGGAAUACUCACGCUAUCUGACGAGCAGAUCAGAGUUGCCGUGAAGAGACUGGAUCGUCGGUUUGGACAAGGGAAGCGUGAGUAUUUAAAGGAAAUUCAAAUGCUUACAUGCUAUAGGCACAAAAACCUCGUCUCCCUUGUUGGAUUUUGUGACGAGAAUGGAGAAUGUAUCCUGGUUUAUGAGUAUGCAAAACAUGGAAGCCUUGACAAAUAUCUACACAAUACUACUGAGCUCUCCUGGAUACGACGUCUCAAAAUAAGCCUCGGGGCAGCCCGGGGACUUAAUUACCUACAUCAUGAGGUGGGUUCCGAACAUAGGGUUUUGCAUCGCGAUAUAAAGAGCCCAAACAUUCUCCUCGAUGAGAAUUGGGAAGCAAAAGUAUCUGAUUUUGGAUUGUCUAAAAUAGGCCCUUCAAAUUUGGAGUUCACAUAUGUUGUCACCGAUGCUUGUGGCACCAUAGGCUAUAUUGAUCCACAAUAUUUAGAAACCGGCAUUCUAACCAAAGAAUCAGAUGUUUAUUCCUUUGGUGUGUUGCUAUUUGAAAUAUUGUGUGGAAGGCUGGCACAUAUUCGUACAUCUCAAGAUGGGCAAAGUCAUCUUGCUACCCUCGCCCAACAUUCAUGUGAAGAAAACAGAUUAGAUGAGAUCAUCCUUCCAGAUCUGAAGAAUCAAAUGAGAGAAGAUUCGUUGGGCGUGUUCUCCAAGGCUGCAUAUCUAUGUUUAAAACAAAAUAGAAGUGAUCGCCCAACAAUGGCAUGGAUCGUGGAGAAUCUUGAACACGCGUUGCGACUUCAAGAACUCGGAAAACAAAGUGUGGAUAAUGAUCAGCAAUAUUGGUCUUUUCAACUUGAGGAAAAUCAUAAGCUCCAAAAAGUAACCAUUGAUCAUGGUGAUGUAAUAUACUCUCUCAUGUUCACCACUCAAUAUGAAGGUAUGUUUCACACUUCAAACAAGGCUGGUGGUUCAGCUAGUGGAAACAUUCUUUCUCAGGUCAUGUUUGAUGCCGACGAGGAAAUAAUUGAUAUUAAAGGAACCAUUAAUAAUACCCAAGGUGGUAAUAUAUUUGUUUCAUCACUAACUUUUCAAACGAACAAGAGAACCUAUGGACCUUUUGGUCGAGCAUCCGAAUCUCUUUUCUCUAUACCAUGGGGAAAAGGCUCGUUAGUUGGUUUUUAUGGCCUCGCUGGUGACUAUAUUGAUGGCAUCGGUGUCUAUCUGAAAGCCAAUGCUGAAACCAUGAAGAUUGGACCAUGGGGAAAAACUAUUGUCGUGCGUCCAGAAAAUCAUUGGUCUUUCGAACUUGAGAGAAAUCAUCAUCUGAAAGAGAUAAAGAUUAAACAUGGCGAUCUCAUAGAAUCUCUGAUUUUCACUACACAAUAUAAAGGGUUAAAAUACAAUUCUAAAAAAGUCGGUGGUUGGGGUAGUACUGGUGAGCGUCAACUUUCCGUGGUAACAUUCGACUGGGAUGAAGAAAUUAUUGGCAUCGCUGGAACAGUUGCGAAAUCAAGGGGAUCUAAUGCAGGUUACGUAAUCAUUUCAUCAAUAUCAUUUGUGACGGACAAAAGAACUCACGGGCCUUUUGGUACAGUAAGAGGGACGCCUUUCUCAGUACAAUACAGUGGUUCUUUUGCUGGAUUUCAUGGCCUUUGUGGCAGUUAUCUUGAUAGCAUCGGUGUCUAUUUGAAGGCCACAUUGUAAGAUUUGGAACAACGAAGCUUUUGUCUUUACAAAACUUUUGGAUGAAGAUCUAGUUUAUUCAUUCAGCUAGUGUCGUUUACUAUUUUUCAGUUAUAUUAUUUAUAUUUAUAUUAAGGAUAUUACAUAAU